CACCUGUGGUAAAGGGACCCAAAAGCGAACUGUGACGUGCACCAACUCGCAAGGAAAAUGCGACGCGUCCAUGAGGCCGAAAGCAGAGGAGGCGUGCGAGGACUACUCAGGCUGCUACGAGUGGAAAACCGGGGACUGGUCCAAGUGCUCCUCAACCUGUGGGAAGGGCCUCCAGUCCCGCGUAGUACAGUGCAUGCACAAGGUCACCGGCCGCCAUGGCAACGAGUGCCCCGCCCUCUCGAAGCCAGCAGCCUACAGACAGUGCCACCAGGAGGUCUGCAAUGACAAGAUCAACGUGAACACCAUCACCUCCCCUCGCCUCGCCGCUCUGACCUACAAAUGUACGCGGGACCAGUGGACAGUGUACUGCCGGGUCAUCCGAGAAAAGAACCUCUGUCAGGACAUGCGGUGGUACCAGCGCUGCUGCCAGACGUGCAGGGACUUCUAUGCGAACAAGAUGCGCCAGCCGCUGCCACCGCCACCAAGCUCAUGACACGUGGCCCAAGGGUCCCUCGACGCGCCAGCGCGAGGCCUGAAUCCUGAUGACAUGGCUCGUUGAAAGCCUCCCUACCCAAGAGCGCACCAGUCCUGCGGCCGGGACCCCCCUCCCCCAGAGCACAGCGCUGCUCCCCCCACCAGGCUGUCCCGAGAAUCCAAUCGCAUAGAACUUGAGCGUGGACUUGACAUUUGCUGUUAGUGCUUUUGUACUUAAUAUAUUGUUAAUGGCCACUGGAUGGCUUUCUCCGGUAAGGAAAAAAAUAGGCAUGAGUCACAAAAUUAUUGUAAUUUCUAAGGUUCUGUGUACCUCAAAGGGAACACCUCUGACAGACAGUUGUCAAAAGAAAGAGACGUCACUGAGCGCGUCUGUCCAGCUUUCUUUUGACGAUUGAAUUCCCGGUGCUUGAUGUGCCGGGGGCAGGGGGACUAUCCCCCCAGUGAGACAUUCCACGUUCAAACAGGCUUUAUUCUGAAAGCCGGUGACACCCCGGAAAGAAGGACAGAUGUCAGUGAGCCUCUGCCAAUGGCUCCCCCCAAGAGGGCCAGGGUCAGCACUUAGCCUCUCAGCUCAUCUCUGAAAAGGUGUUCUCUAGAUCCUGGGCCUUCUCUUGGAAGUCUUGUCCCUGACAGUCUGAAUCUGUAUCAGCCAAAGACACCAGGGCCACAUAGUUUUGCGUAAAAACCUGUGUUGGGGAGAAUAUUCUGCAAGUGUUUGGGUUUGGGCAGGCAUCUAAUUUGUAUACUCUUACUGUCCACCACAUAGGGAAACAGAAAAGUCUUUCUUCGAGGUGCUAUGAAAUGGGACAUCUGUUCAUUUGGGUGAUGGGACUGUUCCCUGGCAUAAAGGUGAGCUCAGGACAGCUUUGUCAGGGGUGUGUGGCCCCUCCACAUUCUGGGGGCCUCCACUCUUGUCAGUACUUCAUAAAGCUUUGCACCUUAGACGUGGCUUCCCAUUGACCUUGGCCAUCUAUCUGAAGUUGAUUCUUUUUAGAAGCUCUGCCUCCUUUGCCCUGGCAUGGGACUGGUUUCCUCCAGAAGCCCCUCGGCCUGGGGGGCCGGGAUCACUGCACAAGCACCGAGCCUUCCCACAGCCCAGACCUUGGGGGACCCAUUAUUGUCAUGCUGUCGGUAUUGACCCAUCUUCUUAGUAAGACAAGGAUGACCCUCAGAAAAGCACGAAGAAAGUCUUUCCCUCCCGCAACCUAUCAAAACAGAGCUGUGCCCUGUCUAGAAGUCUGAGGAAAUGACAAGAACACAGAAGAUGGUAGGACCCUGCCCGCUUUGGGAGCUGGGAGAGAAAGACCCUAGAUGCCAGGAGACCUGUUUUGCUCACCAGCUUGGUGGGUGUUUGAUGGGUGCUUAUGUUCAAGGACUUUACCAUGACAAACCCACCUUCUCCCUUAUUGCAGACGGGGGAAUCUCACUUAUGCCAAUGUCCCAGGGAUCAUCUCCAAGUUCUUCCUGAUUUAUUGGUGCUGUGUUUAUGUAUCUGCUUUGGUUUUUGAUGAUGUCACAACUUUAGGGUCCAUUAGCUUAAAUCAGAAAGAAAACAAAAAGAAAAUCUCCUGCCUUCUCAACCCCGUCUUACAGGCUGUUUCAAUUUAUGAUUUCUAAUAUUCCAGAGAUAGAGACGUGGUAGGGAUGACAAGAGAUUUGUGCGGUUCCUCUUGAAUCAACGAGAAGUAUUUGAGAAGCUUGCUUGGGUGCUCUGAUUGAGAGAGUGCCAGGAUAGCGCGAUCCACCCUGCAGUGUAAACCCCGUCAGUGUUGCAGCACAGCCUAUGCAAAACGCUGUCCUCCCCAGCUCAGGCUUGGCCACUGACAGACUCCCCCAAACCCCAUUUCUGCAAAACUCUCAAAUUCUUGGGGAGCUAGGGUUCCAAAAUGGGCUGUGCUUCACCAUGUAAUGUCAGAAAGAUAGCAGCCUCGGGGGCUGAGGAGCUGAGCCAGGGCAGCCAGCUAAGGAACCCACGGGGCCCGCCCAAGCUGGGCAUGUACAUGCCCCUAGGCUAGCACUUUCUCGGAUGCCUCUGAAUAUUCCCCCCGACUGGCUACCUUGACUAUAUCAACUGGAUGCAUCUGGCAAGGGCCCCACCCUCUCAAAAUGCAAAUAAUUGAUUUCAUUAUUAUCGAACACCCACUGGUUCCCCCAGAGUCCAUGUCUCUCUGACCUCCUUUAGCUCAUGCUGGCACUUGCUGCUCUGAAAUUCACCAGCCCGCCUUCUGUUCAUGGCACAAGCAAUGAUUGAUUUUGGCGAAGCCAUGAUGGCACUCUUGUUCCACUUUGUACAGAAGACAUUGAAACCCUGUGAUCACAACAGUGACGUUUCUUUAUUCACAAUACCCUGUACUGUCACUCAAGUACUGUACCUUUUUGAUUGCACAAACGCGUUACUAACGACAGAGUCUUACGACCUUAUGGUGCUACUUUUGUGGGUGCGAAUGAAGCCCUCUCACCUGACCAUGGCUUGACAUUAUCAGAACACAGGGAAAGAUCCUCAGCAGCAAUAAUCUCAUUGCUUUGUUCUCUUUUCUCCAUUUCAGAGUCAAAUGUAUAUAUUUUCCAUUAGUUAACUUACAUUACGUACUGUACCCAUGGUAUUUUUGUUUUACUUUUUGGUGCUGGUUUUGAAAGAAAAAAAAAGAACAGAAGACAAACAUUGGACACCACUGUAAAUGAAAAAUUAAUCAUUUCAUUGGAAGUGAGUUGAACAUGUUAAUAAAAUGUUUUUCCA